AAAUUUGGAGUCAACAAAAUUCCUUAGGAAAAAGAGAGAGAAAUUUGCUUUUAGGAACUCUCUUGGUGGGCCACUUCAGGCCCUAAACACUUCGUUAGCGGAGCUUUACUUUUUUGUCAUUUCGAGUACUGCUCGUCCAAGGCCCACCACCAUCCCUUCAUUUCCCUCCAAUCCCAUUCAGUUAACUCGUCUCCAGAGCUUUCGUGCUCGCACCAGAAAAACCCUAACUCCUACUGAAAAUUACCCGCUUGCGAUUCAACUCCGUCCAACCAGGUGAGUCGCCCUUCACUCCCAAUCCUGCAAGAACCUUUUGCUCAAACUUCUUGUGUAUUUUACACACGCUGUCCACUCAAAUUCUGACUUCAAAAUCGGAAAUUAAGCCACAAAUUUAGAUUUAGUUUAAUUUCUGCUGUCACUCUGAGUGAUGGAAACUGUGAGUUUCUUGGGCUAAAUUACAGAUUGAAGUUAGAAAUAACAUGGGUUUUGUGGGAAGUGAUUGAUUUAUGUGAAUUUGAUGUUCAAUUUGUGUGUAAAGAUGAUCAAAGUCUCAAUGAUUGAUACGAGAAUCCAUAAAAGUAUUGAUAAUGGAUUGCGACGUAAUUGUUUGAGAUGAUAUACCCGUUUGAUACUUUGCUUAAGAUGAUAUACUGGUCGCGUUCAAGAAAUGCGGGAUUGUGUUCUUGAUUUGUUUCUGAGCUGACUUAUUGAUUUGGGUUAAGAAGCUGUCACUGAGAGAACGCGGUAUAGGGUAAUGGAGACACCAGGUGCAGCUGGUUCUGUUACUAAGCGGUCUCUAAGGAAGAAAGCGGGUUUGCGAAAUUAUGAUGAGAAUUUGAUGGAUGAUUUCAUAGAGAAGCAUUUGGGUGGUACUUUGAAGAAAAGGAAUAGAACCAAGGAGGAUUUGGAGAAAGAGACCGAAAUUGAGGCCAUGAUAGCAUUGUCCCUUGGAUUCCCCAUUGAUGAGCUGCUUGAGGAGGAAAAGAAAGCUGGGGUGGUCAGUGAGUUGGGCGGGAAGCAGCAGAAUGAUUAUAUUGUUGUGAGGAAUCAUAUUUUAGCAAGGUGGAGGGGUAAUGUGCAAGUGUGGCUUUCAAAAGGACAGAUUAAAGAAACUGUGAGUGGUGAUUAUGAGCAUUUGAUAUCUUCAGCUUACGACUUUCUUUUAUAUAAUGGAUACAUUAAUUUUGGGGUUGCACCAUCAUUUGUGGCUAGUAUGCCAGAGGAGGCAACCGAAGCGUCUGUCAUUAUUGUUGGUGCGGGACUUGCUGGGCUAGCGGCUGCAAGGCAGCUUCUGUCAUUGGGUUUCAAGGUGGCUGUUUUAGAAGGUAGGAAUCGACCUGGUGGAAGAGUUUACACCCAAAAGAUGGGGCAGGAUGACAAAUUUUCUGCAGUGGAUCUUGGCGGCAGUGUCAUUACUGGCAUCCAUGCUAAUCCUCUUGGAGUUCUGGCCAGGCAACUUUCCAUUCCGCUUCAUAAGGUCAGAGAUAAGUGUCCUCUGUACAAGCCCGAUGGGACACCUGUUGAUAAGGACAUUGAUUCUAAGAUUGAAGUCAUCUUUAAUAAGUUGCUUGACAAAGUCAUGGAACUCAGACAAACUAUGGGUGGGUUUGGAAAUGAUGUAUCUUUGGGUUCAGUUUUGGAGACACUGAGGCAGUUGUAUGGUGUUGCUAGAAGUACUGAGGAGAGGCAACUUCUUGAUUGGCAUUUGGCAAAUUUGGAAUAUGCAAAUGCUGGAUGUCUAUCGAAUCUCUCAGCUAAUUAUUGGGAUCAGGAUGAUCCUUAUGAGAUGGGUGGGGACCACUGCUUUCUUGCUGGAGGUAAUUGGAGAUUGAUAAAAGCAUUGUGUGAAGGGGUUCCCAUAUUCUAUGGAAAGACUGUCAAUACUAUUAUUUAUGGAGAUGAAGGGGUUGAAGUUAUUGCCGGGGACCAAGUGUUUCGAGGGGAUAUGGUCCUAUGCACUGUUCCUCUUGGAGUUCUGAAAAAGGGGGCUAUCAGAUUUGAACCUCAGUUGCCCCCAAAAAAGAUUGCAGCAAUUGAAAGGUUGGGAUUUGGGCUGCUGAAUAAAGUAGCAAUGGUUUUUCCUCAUGUUUUCUGGGGAGAAGACCUGGAUACUUUUGGAUGUCUAAAUGAACACGGCCAUAAACGUGGAGAGUUCUUUCUGUUCUAUGGAUACCAUACUGUAUCUGGAGGUCCAGUUCUCAUUGCACUGGUGGCUGGAGAAGCUGCACAAACAUUUGAAAGCACAGAACCGUCCAUAUUGCUCCAUCGAGUUUUAAGCGUCCUCAGAGGUAUAUAUACUCCUAAGGGGAUUGAUGUGCCUCGGCCGAUACAAACCAUAUGUACAAGAUGGGGUGGUGAUCCCCUUUCCUAUGGUUCAUAUUCUCAUGUUAGAGUACAGUCCUCUGGCAAUGACUACGAUUUACUAGCAGAAAAUGUUGGAAACCGGCUGUUCUUUGCAGGUGAGGCUACAAAUAGGCAACAUCCUGCUACUAUGCAUGGGGCCUUUCUGAGUGGCCUGAGAGAGGCUUCGUGCAUGUAUCGCGCCACAAGACGUAACCAAAAUAAUCUGAGGAAAGUCAUGCAAAAGAAUGUUGGACCAAGCAAUGAUAUGCUGGAAGAUUUAUUCAAGAGGCCCGAUUUAGCAUUUGGGAAUUUUUCGUUUGUAUUUGAUCCUUCAACAGAAGACCCAAAAUCAGUAGGGCUUAUGAGAGUUAGUGUUGGGAGUAGUGAAGACAGUUAUAAACAAGAGUUACCAAACAACUUCCAACAUUCCUUAACCAUACCCUUGCAGCUUUAUGCAGUCAUAUCUCGUGAGCAAGCAUGUGGGUUAGAACUGGUGGCGGGAGGAGAUGAAAAUAGGUUAUCAUACUUGGUAAAAGAUUUUGGCUUGAAGCUGAUGGGACCUAGUGCCCUGGGAACUGUAGGUAACUCCUUGACAGUUAGCAUUGCCAAUGCUAGAAGAGGCAGGGGAAGGAAUCGCACGUCUGCUGGACGCCAGUAGGUUGCUUACAGUUCCAAGGACUAAACGUUGUUUUUAUUUUAAGUUGCACACCUUUUGUAUAUCAUCGAGCCAUGUAGGUAAUUCAUUAGCUUCAAGAGAAAUUGAUCCCUUGGAGUUGAACUGGGAAAGCCCAUUUUGCGUCUUUCUGUAGAACAUGUCUUAACUCAUCUUGACCCGGGGUAGCGGCUAACUAAAGAGUCAGCCAUUCAUGCGGCUGUGAAAUUUUUGAUUAGGUUGAAGACCUUGUACACGCAUCCCAUAUCAAUAUAGAGAGCAAAAUAUCCAUAGACGUUUGAAGUCAA